UUAGACAUACAACUGAGGCACACUCUUCACGGUUAAGAAAUCAAAAAUUCAAAGGCUCAACAAUACUUGCGGGAUAUUUCGGAUGAAUAUAAUUCAAAAGCGCCACAUAGGUCAAAAACAUGCUCUUGAAGUCACAAGGUCAGAUCUGAGGCUGUGGGAAGACUCGCUUGUUUUGAAAGGCCAUACCUUGACAUUACCUCAGUCGUAUUCUCGCCACUGUUUGCCCACUUUAUCUUGGCGAGUCUAUAGCACUUUGUGAGCUGCAGAUAAUCUUUGUGUAUGGCGACCAGUGUUCAAGUGUGUCGCCUAGUCUGUGUGUGACAAAUGAAGCAUUUGCACGCGUUUGCAAGGAGCCGCGCUUUACUGGCUGGAGGGAAUGAAGCGUGAGAACGGGUUUGACUCUGCGGCGAACACUGCGAUGAUCAGAAGAGCUGAGUGAAGUCCAGCCAAAUUACAUAGAAAGAGGACAUUUUCCCCUUUCAACACAUCCAACUCAACGUUGAAGAGGAGGGUAAGCUGGCUGCUGGAUGAUGGCGCUCACCGGCCUGCUGCUGCUGGAGUUGGCUCUAUGCGCCAGCUGCUUCGUCUGCGGAAUCAUCACCGCUGCUUCCGUCACCAUUGUUCAGGGUAAUUUUGGAGGAUUGUGUAUGCUGUAUGGACUCGUCAGCUACAACACAACGGCGAGCGCCAUCGGGGUGCAGGCGUCCACCUCGGCCUCCCUGUGCUACUUUGUGUCGGCCAUCUCUGUCAUGGUGGCCGUAGUGUGCUUCUCGCUGUCCCUCUACUGGCUAUACUCGUUCUGCAUCGACGGAGACAUCAGGAGAGAGCGCAUAUGGAUGAAUGUGACCAUGGUCUUGUGCGGCAUCUUCCUCUUCUUCCUGCUCAUCACGGGCUGCAUGCUGAAGAUCGGACGCGACAAGCUCUGCGACUCGGUGACGCACGCCGUUCCCAACAUCACCAGCUGCGAAGAGGCCCAGACCAGGAACUGGGUCAGUCCGGUCCGAGGGGAGAGGUUCUUCAGCAGUCUACAAAAGGCAGAAACGGCCGUGUGGGUCAACUUCUUCUUCUGGCUCAUCAUCGGCGUGCUGGUCCUGGUUCAGAGGCGCCAGAGCUCGGGUGCAAAGACGAUCGCCGGAGGACUAGGCGGGCCGGCCGGCGGGCUUUUUGGUGAUCCGGGGGUGACGGCUGCUGAGACUGAGCCCUUUUUCAACCGCCCCGCGAGGCUGCAGUGAGGAAGCACUUACAAUAAACACGUUUUUGUUUUUUUUAAUUGCACAAAGAGCGGUUUUCACUAAAUGAUACAUUUGCAGAUGUUUUACUUCUGAUUCCCACAGCCCACGUUGUAUAUUUACAUAUGUACAGUACAGGCCAAAAGUUUGGACACAUAUAGAUUGUCACUGAAGGCAUCAAAACUACGACAGCUGUGAAGUGAAAACCAUUUCAGGUGACUAACUCUUGAAGCUCAUGGAGAGAAUGCCAAGAGUGUGCUAAGCAGUAAUCAGAGCAAAGGGUUCAGUUUUUUCAACUUUUUUUUGUUAAGUACAUAACUCCACAUGUAUUCAUUCAUAGUUUUGAUGCCUUUAGUGACAAUGUAAAUAGUCAUGAAAAUAAAGAAAACACACUGAAUGAGGUGUCCAAACUUGUCCUCUACUGUGUAUAGAAUAUAUUUACAUAAUACAAUUUAGUGAGGGCAGUUUAAUAAUAUUGUAUUUAUCUACACAUGUUAGACACAGUCUUCAUCUGACUGACGCACAUCAGUAUGUGAAAGAAUAUAUGAUCGCUUCUAAAAGAACACUCGAUAGAAUUGAUGAAAUGUUGAACUUCGUCGCCCUCUGCUGGUGGAAGCCACACCAGCAGUUAGUUGGUGUGAUUGUUGACAUGGCAGCUUUUACUCUGCUUACGCUUGUUUUACUCUUCAAGCUGUUAUAAAAAUUUGAGUGCACACAUUUUGCAUGACCUUCACCUAAUUUUAUUUUACCAGUUGAUGCUUUAAUCUCGUUUUUCCCCCCACCUAUCUUCAAACCCUUGUCUAAGAAAAUUAACACUUAAAUGGGAACUGCACGCGUUUUGUAAUUUUGUCUGUAAUUCACAUUCAUCAUGAAAGACAAGGUCACAUGCGUCUUUUUUUUUCUGUUUUAACUCGUAAAUAAACGUAGAUAGAAGUCAGCUUAUAAAGGAAGCUAUGACAUUGUGUCUAUUUCGACCAUAACACACAAUAAAUAAGCAUCUAAAAAGCACCAACAAUACCUAAGCGUUAGCAAUAUUGUUAUUAUAAGCGCUAAUGUUAAUGACCUUUUAGUGGUGCAUUGAUCAGAGGUAACUUCCUUAUCGUGCUGGAUUGACAUCAGCCUAGAAGCUUGUGAAAGUUAAUUCUAGGUUAUAAAUCAUGCCUCUCACCUUGAUAGUCAAAUGAUGUGGACUGAGAAGUUUGUUAACUUUGACAGCCAACUUAGACCAAGAAAUGGCGAAAAAGACCCAAAAAUACGCUUCGUUCCACCCUGCUUUUUUCUGCGCAAGGAUUAUGAGCCAUCUAAAUGGGAAUACAUCAACAUCCUAUCAGUUGGCAUCCUAAUAACAGUAGAAAUUGUGCAGUAAGUGAUUUUUAAUUUUGUUUGUUGCCACUCAUGAAGUCUGCAGUGAGUAAUAUUCAGGGAUGUUGUCGAAGGACAAAGAGCGUUGUGAUGCGUCUAUGAAAUUAGUGUGCCGCGUAGGAUUCAAAUGAGCAAAAUAGGUAAAUGUUACACGAUAUAAACAUGCCUGUUACUUCAUCACAUAUACUUACACCGUGUAUAUAAAACGUUGAUGGAAGCAUUUAUAUUUUUUUCAAGCACUUUAUAGGCAGAAUAAAGCGACUCUCAUUGUACAGACUUUAGCUUGCAUAUAUUUACUAGUUAGAAUGCAUGGAAAAAGAGAGUGUGCUUGUCUUACAUAAGGAUUGUGAAUGACAGGCACAAUUCCAAACAAGAGUGCAGUUCCCCUUCAAAGGCACACUAACAGGAGUCGACAUUGAUCACAAUCUGCCAACAUUGUGGUGUUGCUGCUCCAGUCUUUAGAUUUCCGAUUCACUGCAACAACGUUAACGUGACUCAAUGUUCACGUUUUAAGUCAGGUUCAAGUUGUUGCACUCACUAGAAUUCAUCUUUAACAUGUUUUUUUUUUUGUAUUACUUUUCAAUGUGAAAUAUAUUUUUUAUUUAAAGAUACUUCACAGUGCAUGUAUUUCAUUUUAUUUUAUUUUUAAUAAACACUGAACCACAAGUAUAACAAAGAUGGA